CGGGGUCGUCCUCUUAAACAAGACCCAACAGGGAAAGCGGGAGAAAACAUUUGGACUCUCUUGUUGGACAAGGAGGAAGAGGAGGAGGAGGAGGAGGUGUCUUGUCUGCCCGUGCAUUCUCUCUCGCUCGCUCUUUCUCUGCCUCGCUCUCCCUUUCUCUCUCUCCAUCAGCGAGUCUCCCGCCACAGGAGCCAAGAGUUGCCGUUCCGAGCGCCGAUGCCAAAACGCACACAAGGACCCGGUGCCAAAGGGCCAUUUUUUUUUUUCUGAGCGCACCACUACCACCACCAGCAGCGAAAAGAAGAGGACGGUGCUUGCGGCAAGGAUCCUAAAUUUACACUGACAAGAAAGACGCAUCGCAAACGCAGGAUUUUGCAGCUUUCUGUUUUGGUUUCGGCAUUGUGGGUUGUCACUCCUUUUCCCCCUGCUGCGCGCGUCCAGGUGUUUUUGUUUGCCUCCGAAAGAAGGGACAGCGUGCAGCGUGCAUCCUUCUCGCCCGCCAAACUUGUGCGGCAAUUAUCGAGGAAGAAAAGCAGAUCAAAUCUAAUCCACAUUUAAAGAAGAAGAAGAAGAAAAAAAAGGAGGAGUAAGGGUCCGCUCCAGCCGAGAGCCACCAGCGGACCGACAAGACGGUCCGAGCCGACUCGAAGUGCCGUUCACCGGGCGAUGCCAGAGUAAAUGCCGGGGCGAUGUCCCGCCGCAAGCAGGUGAACCCGCAGCACUUGUCGUUGAGCCACCGGGAGACGGCACCAGCCGACGCCAAUGAUGCAACGGCGAGAUCCCCGUCGCCGGCCCCCGCCGCCUCCCUCCGGGGCCCCGAGGAGCACGACCUGCUGACAUGCGGCCAGUGCCAGACCAACUUCCCUCUGGGGGACAUCCUGGUCUUCAUCGAGCACAAACGCCGCCUAUGCCGCGGGCCGCCACAGGGUGCGCCGGGCUCCUUCUCCGUCAAGCCCGGUGAGGCGGGCGGCGCCGCUAGCAUCCCCAUCUCCCCCCGGGGCCACGCCCUAGAGAUGGGGAGGGGGCCUCCUCUAAUGCCCGUGGAGGUGGGCGUGCAGGUGACGCCCGGCAGGGACGAGGAUGCCCACAGAAGGCUGACUCCGGCCAAAGGGAUCUGCCCCAAACAGGAGAAAGGAGACAAAGACGAGCCAUCCAGCUACAUCUGCACGAGCUGCAAGCAGACCUUCACCAGCGCCUGGUUCCUCCUCCAGCACGCCCAGCACACUCACGGAAUCCGCAUCUACCUGGACAACCAGCUGACCAACUGCUCGCUCACCCCACGCAUGGCUCUGCCGCCCCCGCCGGGCGCCGACGCCCUCCCCCGCUCGCCGCUGCCCACCUUCCUGGGCGACACCAACAACCCCUUCCACCUCCUGCGUAUGGCCGCACCCUUGCUCAGGGAACACCCGCCGCCGCCGGGCUUCAUGGAGACCCGGCUGCCGGCCACCCCGCCCUUUGUGAGCCCGCCGCCCCCUCCCAGGCCCCCACUGGAGCGGCUGGGUCCAGAAGAGAUGGGGCUGCUCUCCCAGCAUCCCAGUGCCUUCGAGCGGGUGAUGCGCCUGACGCCCAUGGAGCCCCCGUCCAUGGACUUCUCUCGGCGUCUGAGGGAGCUGGCGGGCAACACCAACAACAACGGAGGGCCCACGCCCCCCCUGUCGCCCAACCGCGUCCCCCCCAUGCACCGCCUGCUAAGUCCCACGCUCUUCCAGCCGGGCUCCAAGCCGCCGGCCUUUCUCACCUACGGCCCGCAGCCGCCCGCUCCGCAGGGCGGGCACGGUUCCUCCAGUCCCCCGGACACGCAGUCGGCGGGGAAAUCCAAAUCCUGCGAAUUCUGCGGCAAGAUUUUCAAAUUCCAGAGCAACCUGAUCGUGCACCGCCGCAGCCACACCGGAGAGAGGCCGUACAAGUGCCACCUGUGCGACCACGCCUGCUCCCAAGCCAGCAAGCUCAAGAGGCACAUGAAGACGCACAUGCACAACAAGUCCGGCUCCAUGGGCGGAUCCCCUGAGGCGGACAACCGAGGGGACGGAGGAGAGGGCGAAGACAAGCUCCGGGAGGCCGACGGAAGGGUCGUGGGGAUGGACAACGAGGAGGAGGAGGAAGAGGAGGAGGAGGAAGAGGAGGAAGAAGAGGAGGAGGAAGAGCUGAGGAACGGGAGUCGGCCAGAUUCCAACCUAAGCGAAGACUCUCAAGAGUUCAACCCCAACCGGGAAAAUGGGCCCAGGCAGUCUCCCAAGGAGAAGCACCUGGGCGGGGAGCGAGUAGGCGAGAGCGGCGGGCGGCUGGGUCCAGAAGAGAUGGGGCUGCUCUCCCAGCAUCCCAGUGCCUUCGAGCGGGUGAUGCGCCUGACGCCCAUGGAGCCCCCGUCCAUGGACUUCUCUCGGCGUCUGAGGGAGCUGGCGGGCAACACCAACAACAACGGAGGGCCCACGCCCCCCCUGUCGCCCAACCGCGUCCCCCCCAUGCACCGCCUGCUAAGUCCCACGCUCUUCCAGCCGGGCUCCAAGCCGCCGGCCUUUCUCACCUACGGCCCGCAGCCGCCCGCUCCGCAGGGCGGGCACGGUUCCUCCAGUCCCCCGGACACGCAGUCGGCGGGGAAAUCCAAAUCCUGCGAAUUCUGCGGCAAGAUUUUCAAAUUCCAGAGCAACCUGAUCGUGCACCGCCGCAGCCACACCGGAGAGAGGCCGUACAAGUGCCACCUGUGCGACCACGCCUGCUCCCAAGCCAGCAAGCUCAAGAGGCACAUGAAGACGCACAUGCACAACAAGUCCGGCUCCAUGGGCGGAUCCCCUGAGGCGGACAACCGAGGGGACGGAGGAGAGGGCGAAGACAAGCUCCGGGAGGCCGACGGAAGGGUCGUGGGGAUGGACAACGAGGAGGAGGAGGAAGAGGAGGAGGAGGAAGAGGAGGAAGAAGAGGAGGAGGAAGAGCUGAGGAACGGGAGUCGGCCAGAUUCCAACCUAAGCGAAGACUCUCAAGAGUUCAACCCCAACCGGGAAAAUGGGCCCAGGCAGUCUCCCAAGGAGAAGCACCUGGGCGGGGAGCGAGUAGGCGAGAGCGGCGGGGUGGGCAUCAUGCACCCGUACAACCACCUUGACAAUCAUCUCAGACUGAACCCCAACAAGAGGAGCCUCGAGAGACAGCCCAACGGCGACGGCCCCAACGGGGGCGAGCCGGACCGAGAGGGCCAGAGCGACAGGGAGCAAGGCAGGGAGCCGGACGAGCCGGACCAAAGGCCCGUGAUGAACGGCAGGAUCAGCGUGUCCGAAGCCGAGUCCUUCCCGGGACUCUUCCAGCGCCGACCCACGCCCAUCACCAUCCCGAGCCCUUCCAACAACAACAACAAGAGGAUCAAGAUCGAGCGGGAGCAGUUGGAACUCCCGCCCACUCUCCCGCUCAUCUCGCCGGAGAACGUCUACUCGCAGCUCCUGGCCGGGUACGCCGCCUCACGCCACUUCAUCCGGGAGCCCUUCCUGGGCUUUACGGACUCACGCCAAUCCCCCUUCGCCACCUCUUCGGAGCACUCCUCCUCCGAGACGGGCAGCCUGCGUUUCUCCACGCCGCCGGGGGAGCUGAUGGAGGGCGGCAGCGCCUCGGGCCGAAGCGGCAGCAGCACGCCGCACCUCCUGCGAGGGCCGGGACCCGGCCGACCGCCCAGCUCCAAGGACCGGCGCAACGACACGUGCGAGUAUUGCGGCAAGGUGUUCAAGAACUGCAGCAACCUGACGGUGCACCGGCGCAGCCACACGGGCGAGAGGCCCUACAAGUGCGACCUGUGCAGCUACGCGUGCGCCCAGAGCUCCAAGCUGACGCGCCACAUGAAGACGCACGGCCAGUUCGGCAAGGAGGUGUACCGCUGCGACAUCUGCCACAUGCCCUUCAGCGUCUACAGUACGCUGGAGAAACACAUGAAGAAGUGGCACGGCGAACAUUUGAUGGCCAGCGAGGUCAAACUGGAGCAAGCCGAGCGAAGCUAAGCGUCACGCAAACAUCAACGCAUACAUGGACGCGCACUCAUCUGCCCGACGAUCUGCAAAAGUCGAAUGGAGGCGACCGGACUCCUCGUGCGCUGUUCAAUGCGUUUCACAUUUAGUCCAUCGGGCUUCUUCGAUUCUCGACAGAAUCUCGGUCCUUUACCCAAACCUCCCGUUUCGAAUUUAAGGACACGUUUUGGAUUAAAAAUUGAAAUAUCUUGGACAGCUAAGAGGAGGAUCCGGUUGCCUCGAAGCCACUUUUGCAGAUGACCUUUGACCCGGAUGACUGAGAGUCUCCACCGACAUCUUUCCUAUGACUACUUUGAACAAGGGGCAUGGCUGGAUAAUCUCUCUCUUAUGUCGAAAAAAAAAAACAAGACUGAUCGGUGUUUCUUCUUCUUCUUUUUUUUUUUUUUAAUUUGAUUAUUUCUCUUGUCGCCUGAGAAUAUUAAAACUUUUAAACCUUGUCCGGACACCUCUAAGGAUUUUAGGAAUUCCACGGAGCCUUUCUACUGUGCAAUAAUUUGUGUAUUUAUUGGAUUUUUUUUUUUCUUUUUGGUAAAAUUUGGCAUGUGCAGAUACAUCUUGUGUGUUUUUUUGUUUUUUUUUUUAAAUGUGCUCAAAUUUUUUUAAAUGAUUUAAAAAAAAAAAGUUUAAUUUCUAAUCGGAAAUUGGAAAGAAGUCGCCCUUCGGAACAAUGAUAAUAAUCCAGUUUUGUCCUCUAAGGAAAGUUAUUAUCAUGCGAGUGAGUAAAUGAUGUUUUCUAUAUGCCAAGUGCAGCAGCGGACUACAAUCUCGCCCCCCCCCUCCCCCCCCAGCACUGCUCAAUGUCAGCCUGCCAAUAAUUGAUUUUUGAAAAAUUAAUUUAUAGAGGGACAAGGCGCGCUGAAAUACAAGCAAACACAGUUGCUGCGUUUGCUGUCGACCAGGACGUAAAACAAACAAACAAAAAAAAAAAAAAAACAGGUUGCACUUAAUGCUUUCGCCCAUGUAGGAUUGAACCACCAUAUUUAAUAUGUCUGCUUGUUAAGUUAAGACUACUUGUGAUUCAUGUGAGAGGGGAACAGUCCCGUUUAUGUAAAUAUAUUACUUUUUCUGUUAGUUAAAAAAAAAAAAAAAAAUUGAAAAAAAAAAAAAAAAAGAAAAUAUACGCCCCAACUGUUUUCCGAAAGAGGCGGCCUAAAAACAAUCAAGAAGACCAGCUGCUUGUGUCGCCAUUGUGUGUGUGUGUGUGUGUGUGUGUGUGUGGAUGCAUAAAUGGGAGUUAUUGCCUCAGGCCCCUCCCACCUCCUCCCGCCUUCAGCCGCAGGUCAAAUUUAGUUAUUUUAAAUAGUUUCACGUAGGGGGGAAAAAAACAACUCAUUUUAUAUAUUUGCAACAAAAUUGAUUCCAGUUAACGUUUGCGACACCAUUUUGGGAUAUUUACACAUUGAACGCGUCCAAUUGAUUUGUUUUCAAUUAGGAACAGUGUUUUAUUGGUGCAAAAUGUUUUCUGCUUGGCUUAGUAAGUGUCAGGCAAAUCCAACCCCCCCUCCCCACCACCUCCUGUCACUUUGUGGGAACAUUCACAGAUGCCGGGUCAAAUUGAACCAUUUUCAUCAACCGUUAAAAGCGACUGUUCGGUUUCAAACUUCUGCUUCGCUUCAGUGUCCUCGACGAUGACAAUUGGUAAUUUCACCCCAAAAUCAAACCGUUAGUGAUGACACCUUGAAUUAAAUUCACUCCGGGUCAAAUUGACCCACUUGUAAUUGUUGGAAGUCGUUUCCCCGAUACAAAACGUUAAUUUUAAAUAGCUUGAGAAGCGCAGCGGGUCAUUUGA